AAAGGGGGCGGUCGAAUUGUCUAAAAAACCGCUUCUGCUGUUUGAAUUUGAUGUUUGUUGAAUUUAUUUGACGAGAUUCGAUUACGCUAGCUUCAUUCAUCAUGCGACGAAGUGUCGCCAGUAUGGAUUCAUCUCUGAUCAGAAUGAUUGCUUAUGGAGUUUGAAUCAAUCAAGAAUCUUGACAAUUUUUGAAAUCGUUAGUUGUUAUUGAAUGUUGAAAGGUUUCGUGGUUCAAUAACCAAUUGCAGUUGAAUAUUAUAGUUGUACUGCGGAGUAAUCAUGGGCCUAAAACGAAAUAGUAUCGGUAAGAAGCCGACAACUCCGCAACGAAAUGGCGAUAUUAGCUUAGUAAUGGAGUGUGGAUGGCAACCCCUGAGCGAAAUCCAAACAGAAAUGAAGAAUAAAGUGGAAAAGGAGUACAAUCAAUUCAUGAAAACGCUUAAAGAAAAUAUUGCCAAACGUGGAGGAGAGAUAGUAGAACAAGGAACUCACAUAACAGUCUACGAGCUGGAGUGUCCACCCACUAUUCCAACUGCGGUUAUUCAGCAAGAAGUUAUACCUGGUGUUUCGUCUUCGUCCGGCUUAGUGAAAGCAACUCCAACGUCUGCUCUGUUAGCGACAUCGCAAACCACUGCUUCUCCGUUGAUAGCAAACAGCAGCGUUCUUUUACCGAGCGGCGCAGUUGCAUCAUCUGGUUCGACCGUGUUUACAGGGCAACCACAUACUUAUCAGCUUGUUAUGGGGUCUCGAAUGGGGCUCAUAGUAACUCCAUCAACUCCGGCUACUUCUUCUCCCGUUCAGUCUACAACGAACACAUGUGCUUCGGCACCCUCUGCAACGGUGGUCCGUCCAAUCACUGCUCCUCGAGUUCAGGUUCGAUCGGGUCUGGGUGCGGUUCCCACUCAGCCACCGAAACGACUAGUCAACGUUGCGCCAUCUCAAGCUGCUAAAAUUACAGUACCUCAAGCCCCCAAAAUUAACGUGAAUCCGGCAACGCAGAAAGCCGUACCGCCGCCAGUAACGAAAGGAAGUUCGUUUUCGAACACAGUAACUACCAGAAGUAAAGUAAAAUUGGGCUAUCGUGCUGCGGAACCCAGUACUACAGAACCGCCUGCUGUUACCGCUACAAAAACCGGUUCUAAUGCUGGUACAGUUGUAGAUCUCACAGAUGAUGAUGGGAAACCUGUCGCUGAUUCUAGAGAAGUUGCCUUUAAUCGUUACCCUGGUCGUAUUUAUCCUUCGUUAGUUGUGGUGGCUCGACCCAAUAUCAAAGUAAAAGAUAUGGCGAAUAGUAUGAUCACCGCUGAACGAACUCAGCUCGAUACGAAAGUGAAAGGUAUAUUGACAAAUACGCCGACCAAAUUUACCGAAUGGUUAAUACAACAAGGACUCGUUCGAAGCGAACAAGUAUGUUCGUCGCAUGUGAACGUCGAUCUGACUCCUAUUAAAUUGAAACUCGGUAUGUACUCCGAUGUGAGUAAAUUUCCAUAUAGUGGCGGUUACGUUUGGAUUAGUGAUUGUUGCCCGCAGAAAUUCGUAUCUGUUUUUUGUAAUUCAAUUUUCGAAGGAGCGCCUCACGCUCCCACCGUUUUACUCAAGCUAAUUUAUCAUUGGGCUUGCCAGACCAACGUACAUAACAUAAUUUCGUGGGUUAAAGUAGAUAAUCUUUACAUAAAGAAUUUCUUCACCAAUUUACGAGCUGUUUGUACGGCUGCAAUUUGUGAAAAAUUCGGCAAAAUGGGCGGCGCCGGAAAGAAAGUCGAAGUCAGUGUCGGUGUUAUAAGUUUGGGAACAACAUCGCAAAACGGUAGCGUUAGGCAGGUUAAAGUUGAAGUUCUAGGCGUUAUGGACCCAGUGUCGAAAUUUGUUCGCUUAAGAGCCGUCGAUCCCGUUCAGAAUGCGGAGAAAAAUCAUAAACUUCGAUUUUCGAGAAUUCUAGAAUCGUUGGAACAUUGGGUCGAUAAAAGAACGACAAUUGUGACCGAUUUCACGGUAGAUAAAGCUACUCUUAUAGAAUUAGGAUUUCAUUCGGUUCUACAAGUGCAGCUAAAUGCCGUACAUAGUAAAGAUAACAACCAGGCGGUUAUGGAUUAUUUGAAGAAAGUGGUUCCUAGAAUGUUCCAAAAUACUCUUUCGUUGCUGUCUCGAUCGAUAAUUCAACAAUUUUUGGACGAACUUGUCUGGAGAGAGCGGUGGGGUCCGAUCCCAUCUCGCGCCUUCGAUAACGUAAUUUUGCAUUUAUCAGAAAUGACCAAAUUGGAUACAGGUGACACGUUGAUCAACCGAUUGAAAAGCAUCACCGCGAAUCCUUUCAAAGAUUGGAGUUAUAAAUUGUGGAAAACUAACAGUAUGGUAUCGAUUCCAACUGGUGCGAAGAAAGCUGCAGUUCCCGGAGAAGACGAUGCGAAAGCACUACAAAAAAACAUGGCUCUUCGAUUUAAAAGCGGACUUAACCAGCCCAGCACAAGUGUUAAAAAUUAUGGCAAAGGUUCCAAAACUAAUUUGAUUGCGUUCAACUCUGACGACACCAGCGACAGUAUGUCGAUAAUACCGUCUAUCGAUAACUUACCUCCUAGCAUUACCGAAAUCGACGACGAUAAUCUCUCCGUAUCUUCGAGCAGCAGUCGGAGAUCACGAGCUCGAGGUUCAACGGAAGAUCGAUCAAGCGCUCCUACUAAACCGUGGGACCCGCAGCUUGUACUGAAAUCUUUGGAAGGAUUUUAUUACGGUACACUUCCGUUCGACGUAGUAGUCGUUAAUAAAUUACGCAAAGUUGAACUCAAUAUGAAGUGCUUCACCUGCGGUCAUACCUACAACAAUAACAUUUUAUUCAUGAAACAUUUGGCUGGUCAUGCUCAAAACGAAGGUGCAUUCACAACCGAUUUUCAGUGUAGAUAUUGUUUGAAGAGUUAUACUACAGCUUUCGAUCUAGAAGAUCAUUUGGGCAGCGUUCAUUUUCCUAAUAAAUACAAUUCGAUGUGCUUGAUUUGUGGAGAUCGAUUUAAAGACCGAGGAGCUUUGGUGACACAUAUGCAGACCACCCACGUGGAAUUAGAAUUACCGUAUCAUUGUUCUAUUUGUAAAUUCCGAACUUCCGAGCAUACGAAACUUAUCGAUCAUUUUUACGAGAUUCACGAUGGUGGAGAAAAAGUUCAAUGUCCGUUCUGUUUGAAAGUGGUCGCUUUCGAAGGUAGCAACAAGGUGAAACUCACUCAGAAUGUUAAUUUCUAUUUCAAUCAUAUCAAGCGACAUCAAAGGAAACCCAUUCGUAAAUGUCCAAAGUGCGUGUUAUCAUUCGUUAAUAAGGGAUUAGUUAACGAUCAUUUAUCGAAAGAUCAUACCUCGUGCGUAAACAUCCCAGGAAUAGUACGUUAUCAAAAUUCAGAUUUAUCAACCGUGUUGAUGCCAUUACCGUCAGUAGCUCCACCUUUAACUCGUAAAGCAAAACCGUCGCAGUCUUAUCCUGUUCCUAAUUUUUCAACGUUCAAACUCGAUAAUACAUUAAUAUAUCCGGACGUACCACCGUCAAAAUGUGUCGAAUGCAAAACCGAAGUCACGCCGGCUACUCAUUUUACAUCUUAUAUGACUUGCAUGAAAUGUAUGUUCGCCUCUUGUUGUAAAGUCGUUAUGAGCAAACACGUCGUUCAAUUCCACGAAUCGAGGGGCAAGAAAAAAAUACCAAUUAAACGUAAAAUUCCGCUAGAUAAUCCGUUACAUUGCGCUUGUGGAUUUACAAGCUCGGACGGAAAUGCCAUAGCCUCUCACUUGAUCAACUGCAAACGAAAAAUCGCCUAUCGUAAUCCCGAAAAAGCAGCUCAAUAUUCUGUUCAAAUGCAAUCGGCCAGUUUCCCAACGCUUGUGAAUUUAGACGACGGUGAACACGAUUCGAACGAAGCUUCAGAUAAAUGGCUGAGAGCGUUAGUCAAGUCUUCGGAUAAAGACGAUUCGAAACCUAAACCUUCUACCAUUAGCGAGAAAUCACCGCCGAGAAUGUUGAAAAUGUUAGGAUUAGUGUGUAAAGAAUCUAGCGACGAUGCUGAUGUAGCUGGUAAAGUCAAAUCACCAGAAGAAGACGAUGUACCAGCAAAGAAAUCUAAACUGGAUACAGACGAAUCAACGAAAGAGUUGGACGACGAGGUUUUGGAACUAAGCGACGAUGAAAGCAGCGUAACCGGAAAAUCAGCUUCGGAAAAAGAUUUGAAUGAUUCUUCGGUCGACGAUGCUACUAAUUUAAGUACCGAACAAGGUAGCGAAGCGGAAAAAGAUUCUUCAUCCAAAGCUGAUACAGCUAACGAAGAAAGCGAAAGUAUAGAUUUGGAAACUGCUAAAGCGGCCGAAUUGUUGGCUAAUGAAAAUGCAAUUGCAAAAGAUACCGAUGAAAUCGAACCUGAAAGUGUGUUAGAUGCUUCUGAAGAAACAAACGAAACUAACGAAACUGAAAAAGUUGACGAAGAGAAUACGGAGAAAUCUAACCAGUCUGCAGAAAAAGUAGCUGAAGCUGAAGAUAAAAGUGAUACUGUUAUGGAGGUUGACGAUGCUAAUAAUGAUGAAGAGGUAGCUGAAAAAUCCAACGAUGCGAAUUCUUCGCAAGAUGUCAUGGUUGUGGAAUAAUAUAUUAUCUACUUUUAAAAUUUAUCAGAGAUAGCGAUUUUAUCGUUUUGAAUCAUAUUCUCUUUCAGUUCAAACUGAAUGUCUUGUAUGAAUUAUUAUUGAUUCGUAGAUAUCAUUUUGUUCGUUGAAAAAAAUUGAUUUUUAUAUAUUUUUCAACUUGGAAUAAUAUUUUGUUAGGGUGUGUAAAUAAUUUAUGAAGCAUCAUUGUUUGUUAUUGUAUUUUAAAUUCUCAUACUGGUAUGCUGUAGUCUGUAGUAUAUUUUUUUGUAUUUUUUAUUACUGUUAAACGUUUACGUUAGUCGAUAAGGAUGUGCAUGUUUCGAGUACCUACGUGUAAUAAAUCACUUUGAUUGAAGUCAA